AUGAAGGUCAUAUUAUUAUUAGCAUUAUCAAUCUUGAUGAUAGCUGCAGCCAUGGGCAAUAGCAAUGACCGCGAGUAUUGCUACCGCAACGCAGUACACGUCUGCCCUUGCCACAAAAUUUUGGAUCCAGUUUGUGGAGUAAACGGCUGCACCUAUCCGAAUCCUUGCGAGUUGAAAUGUGCUAGGGUUAAAAUGUGGCAUGAAGGAGAAUGCUUGACGAAAGAUGCGAGUUUUCUGUAAUAAAAAAC